UACAUUAUUUUCAUGAUUGUAGCUAUAUAUACAGUGAUGUUUUCGGCACAAAAUUGUCUUUCAACCAAUGUUGAAAAAUGUGUCAAACACUGCAUCCCAAAUCAGUGCAUGAAAGUAGCCAAAAAAGCAGAUAUGUCUAUUUGUGAAGAAGCUUGCAAAAAGUUUUGCAACAAACAUGUAACAAGUCAUGAAGAAUAUGCUGUUCCUAUAACCGAUGGUGGUUUCUUUUGCACCCAUAUUUGGAAUUGUCUUUCGUAACUAUUUUCAAAUUUAAAAGUUACAAUUGUAUUCUUUGUUUUAGCAUGUUAAAUAUAUAUAUAUAUAUAUGUACAAUCGAUAUUUCUGUUUGUUUUAUCUGACGCAUAUUAUAUAUAUAUAUAUAUACUUUUAUUGUGCAACAAGUUUUUAUCAGUGUUAACAAAUAUUUAAUAUUCAAAAUUACUGUAUAUUUCAAAAAAUAUAUCACAACAAUUCCAAUUAACAAUGCCAUAUUAACUUAGUAAAAUUUCAUUUUAAUCAACAUCAACGCUAAUUAAAAAUAUGCUAGCGAUAAAUGGUGAUUGCAUUGUAAAUUUUACAUAAUUUAGUGAUAUAAAAAAUUAAGAAUCAAUCCACCCAAAUAAAAAUGAGUACAAUCAAUUUCAAUGCAAGCCAAAAAUUAAUAUAUAGUGAAAAUAAACUUUUGUGCACUUAGGAUAAAAGUAAAAAAAGUAAAACACAAAACAAAAAUAUAGACUGGUCACAUUAGUUUAAUGUAGGAACUCCAAAAUUAAAUCUUCUAAGCUUUCACAUUCUGUAUUUUUGGCUUCCCUUGGUUUCAUCUAUACCUCUUUGAAUCUCCUAUAUUUGUUCUCUUAACUAUCUCAAGUUUCAUCUCACCUCCACGAUUCCAUUUAUGACAUAAUGACUUUGUAUCACAUCUCUCUCUUCCCCCUCUAACAAGUUCUUCCAAUUUUGUACUUUUCUGACCAAUUUUGCUAAUCAUAUUCGUGAAUAUUUUGUGAAUGUAAAUAAAAUUUUGUUUCUUGUUUACUUGAGCUUUGUCUUCGUACAACUUUUUCUCUUUUUUACUUUUUGUGACUAAAUUUCUUAGCUUUCUUUAUUAUUAUAGAUAUUUUCUCACUGCUUAUUCCUGAGGCGAACUUGAUCUCAUUCUCUUCCUUCUCUCUCUUGCAAAUCCACCUCCGUCUUAAUAUCCUCCAUCUUUUCUCUGCCACGGUGUGUAUACCUGGCCAAUUGAUAUAUCAUGGAUUUUACCCAUUCUUAGCUAUGGUAUAUAGAUGUUUUAGGAACUAUUUAUUAUGUUUUUGAGUCUUUUUAGCACAUUUACAGGUUCAGGAGUGUUAUGGAGGAAAAUGAUGAUUUGGGUGCAUUUUAGAGAUAAAAGGAGAGGAAGCUCGUAGUUGACCAUCGAACUUGUGUGAAAGUCGACGAUCAGAGAUAAACAUUGAUCCACGCACAUCCUUUGCCGUCGAUCGAUAUCAAAGCGCGCAAAACCCAGCUAGGUUUCCAGCCGGCCUAAAUCCCAAGUCAUGACAUAUUUACAUAAAUAGCCCUGGCCGACUUUUAACCUAAUAUUUAUGUGCUCUGCCAUUGUUCUUGGCAAUACACGCUUUCUUAUUUUCUACUUUACACAGCAAACAAAACUUAUGGAUCAAAUCAAUAGACACUGAGAUUACACAAUAGAUUUGUAGUUUUUGAAGUAAAGCUAGACGAUUAUUGUUGGGGUCAAAAUCGAUCACGAUGGAAUCAAUGCACGAGGAAUCCCGAAAAGUAUCUCUUGUAACAAGAAGUUUCGUAUAAGUCCUCAAAAAUAAAUGACAAGUUCUAAGAACGGAAAAAUCCAAUCUCUUCGUAGCCUUGGGGAAAUAAACUACAAAGCAUGGAGAAUGCCUUACCAGCGUCUUAACGUCCAUCAAAGAAAGCCAAGGUACAUCCCGUCCCAGCGUCCUCUCCCGUCCCGUCCCGAUGCAUCUGGAUGCUCCAAGCGUCCUGGCCGUCCUCAUCGCCCUAACCUAACCGUUUCCAGCCCACUACUCAUUAGAGAAAUCCAAAAUCACCACCAAUUAUCUCAUUUAAGAGCUUAAGGUGCAGUCUCAUCGAUGGGGUAUUGACCUCAGAAUACCUGAACACUUAAACAUUCCGGUUUCUAAUCAAAGUUGAAAGCUUUAGAUUCUUUCCGCAUUAAAAAAGGUAUGUAAAGGGGUUAUAAACCCUUCUUGACCGAAAAACCAGAUCGCUGUAGUGAUCAAAAAAAGAAAAACCAGAAAAAAAAGAAAGUGUGGUGAACGCAUCUAUUACUAUGCAAAAGAAGUGAAAAGAGUAACUAAAAAAAUAGUUAAAGAAAUCGCAUUCAAAGCCAUUUUCUUCAUGAUUUGAUUCUACAGGUUUUUGCAUAUAUUAGAGGAAAGAAUUAAAAAUAUUUUUCUAAUUUAAAAUAAUAUAUUUUCUAAAAAAAUGUCAAUUCAGGAUUUCAAAAUAAAACCAUAAUUUGUGAGUUUAGACAUAAAACUUUAAUGAAAUACUAUGAAAUCAUAUAAAAUACAACUAUAAUCAUUAUAAAUGAUAUAUUUUAUAUUGUUAUAAGAAAAACUGGAUAGAUAACUAACAGAAGAAAGUACAGAUAAAUUUAACAUAACUGAUUCGGUUUAUAUACGUUAAAACAGAGAAACAACAAAAAAAAAAUAAAACAAACUGUUAAAAUAGUCAUCAUUAACUUUCUAUAUAAAUUACCAAGAGAUUACCAAAAAAUCAUCAUUUCACGAUCAACGAUCAAAAUCAGACUAAAUUAUAUUAGAAUUUCAUAUUUGUUCUAAUAAUAUACAUUAUGACGACUCAAACUUUUAAAAAAUCAUGCAUUAUUUUCAUGAUUGUAGCUAUAUAUACAGUGAUGUUUUCGGCGCAAAAUUGUCUUUCAACCAAUGUUGAAAAAUGUGUCAAACACUGCAUCCCAAAUCAGUGCAUGAAAGUAGCCAAAAAACCAGAUAUGUCUAUUUGUGAAGAAGCUUGCAAAAAGUUUUGCAACAAACAUGUAACAAGUCAUGAAGAAUAUGCUGUUCCUAUAACCGAUGGUGGUUUCUUUUGCACCCAUAUUUGGAAUUGUCUUUCGUAACUAUUUUCAAAUUUAAAAGUUACAAUUGUAUUCUUUGUUUUAACAUGUUAAUAUAUAUAUAUAUAUAUAUAUAUAUAUAUAUGUACAAUCGAUAUUUCUGUUUGUUUUAUCUGAGGCAUAUUAUAUAUAUAUAUACUUUUAUUGUGCAACAAGUUUUUAUCAGUGUUAACAAAUAUUUAAUAUUCAAAAUUACUGUAUAUUUCAAAAAAUAUAUCACAACAAUUCCAAUAAACAAUGCCAUAUUAACUUAGUAAAAUGUCAUUUUAAUCAACAUCAACGCUAAUUAAAAAUAUGCUAGCGAUAAAUGGUGAUUGCAUUGUAAAUUUUACAUAAUUUAGUGAUAUAAAAAAUUAAGAAUCAAUCCACCCAUAUAAAAAGGAGUACAAUCAAUUUCAAUGCAAGCCAAAAAUUAAUAUAUAGUGAAAAUAAACUUUUGUGCACUUAGGAUAAAAGUAAAAAAAGUAAAACACAAAACAAAAAUAUAGACUGGUCACAUUAGUUUAAUGUAGGAACUCCAAAAUUAAACCUUCUAAGCUUUCACAUUCUGUAUUUUUGGCUUCCCUUGGUUUCAUCUAUACCUCUUUGAAUCUCCUAUAUUUGUUCUCUUAACUAUCUCAAGUUUCAUCUCACCUCCACGAUUCCAUUUAUGACAUAAUGACUUUGUAUCACAUCUCUCUCUUCCCCCUCUAACAAGUUCUUCCAAUUUUGUACUUUUCUGACCAAUUUUGCUAAUCAUAUUCGUGAAUAUUUUGUGAAUGUAAAUAAAAUUUUGUUUCUUGUUUACUCGAGCUUUGUCUUCGUACAACUUUUUUUCUUUUUUUUACUUUUUGUGACUAAAUUUCUUAGCUUUCUUUAUUAUUAUAGAUAUUUUCUCACUGCUUAUUCCUGAGGCGAAUUUGAUCUCAUUCUCUUCCUUCUCUCUCUUGCAAAUCCACCUCCGUCUUAAUAUCCUCCAUCUUUUCUCUGCCACGGUGUGUAUACCUGGCCAAUUGAUAUAUCAUGGAUUUUACCCAUUCUUAGCUAUGGUAUAUAGAUGUUUUAGGAACUAUUUAUUUUGUUUUUGAGUCUUUUUAGCACAUUUACAGGUUCAGGAGUGUUAUGGAGGAAAAUGAUGAUUUGGGUGCAUUUUAGAGAUAAAAGGAGAGGAAGCUCGUAGUUGACCAUCGAACUUGUGUGAAAGUCGACGAUCAGAGAUAAACAUUGAUCCACGCACAUCCUUUGCCGUCGAUCGAUAUCAAAGCGCGCAAAACCCAGCUAGGUUUCCAGCCGGCCUAAAUCCCAAGUCAUGACAUAUUUACAUAAAUAGCCCUGGCCGACUUUUAACCUAAUAUUUAUGUGCUCUGCCAUUGUUCUUGGCAAUACACGCUUUCUUAUUUUCUACUUUACACAGCAAACAAAACUUAUGGAUCAAAUCAAUAGACACUCAGAUUACACAAUAGAUUUGUAGUUUUUGAAGUAAAGCUAGACGAUUAUUGUUGGGGUCAAAAUCGAUCACGAUGGAAUCAAUGCACGAGGAAUCCCGAAAAGUAUCUCUUGUAACAAGAAGUUCCGUAUAAGUCCUCAAAAAGAAAUGACAAGUUCUAAGAACGGAAAAAUCCAAUCUCUUCGUAGCCUUGGGGAAAUAAACUACAAAGCAUGGAGAAUGCCUUACCAGCGUCUUAACGUCCAUCAAAGAAAGCCAAGGUACAUCCCGUCCCAGCGUCCUCUCCCGUCCCGUCCCGAUGCAUCUGGAUGCUCCAAGCGUCCUGGCCGUCCUCAUCGCCCUAACCUAACCGUUUCCAGCCCACUACUCAUUAGAGAAAUCCAAAAUCACCACCAAUUAUCUCAUUUAAGAGCUUAAGGUGCAGUCUCAUCGAUGGGGUAUUGACCUCAGAAUACUUGAACACUUAAACAUUCCGGUUUCUAAUCAAAGUUGAAAGCUUUAGAUUCUUUCCGCAUUAAAAAAGGUAUGUAAAGGGGUUAUAAACCCUUCUUGACCGAAAAACCAGAUCGCUGUGGUGAUCGAAAAAAGAAAAACCAGAAAAAAAAGAAAGUGUGGUGAACGCAUCUGUUACUAUGCAAAAGAAGUGAAAAGAGUAACUAAAAAAAUAGUCAAAGAAAUCGCAUUCAAAGCCAUUUUCUUCAUGAUUUGAUUCUACAGGUUUUUGCAUAUAUUAGAGGAAAGAAUUAAAAAUAUUUUUCUAAUUUAAAAUAAUAUAUAUUCUAAAAAAAAUGUCAAUUCAGGAUUUCAAAAUAAAACCAUAAUUUUGUGAGUUUAGACAUAAAACUUUAAUGAAAUACUAUGAAAUCAUAUAAAAUACAACUAUAAUCAUUAUAAAUGAUAUAUUUUAUAUUGUUAUAAGAAAAACUGGAUAGAUAACUAACAUAAGAAAGUACAGAUAAGUUUAACAUAACUGAUUCGGUUUAUAUACGUUAAAACA